AAAUCUUUGUAAAAGUUAUGAUAAAAUAAUUCUUGUCGACAGAAUAAAUUUUUAGAAUGUCUACAAGAUGUUAUUGGCAAAAAUCACAAAUUUCUGAAUACGCAAUCUAAUGAUCAAAAUCAGACUCCCCUAGUUGCCAUAAUUCAUACAUUCUGUUAAAAUAAAUAGGCAUUUUGAGAUAUCUUGAUGAAACUUGGUAAAUGCCAUUAAUCUAAAACAUAUAAAGAAACAUAGCUAAGCCGGAAAUUUAAAAUACAAACAUAUAGUUUUACUCGAUUUUACUCGCCGUAGGGGUGGGCAUCUUAAAAAUAUUUAAAAGUGGGGUUGGCUCCGCCCCCUACUAAGUUCAAUGCAAAUACCUCACAAACCACUAAAGCUACAUAAACCAGAUUUCCUCUAGACGAAUCAGUUUAGCACUUUCUCCGACGGUGUAAAAAUGAAUGGAGGAUGAUAACCCCGGCCACACCUCUUUCAACGAUUAUGUGGAAAAUACACAUUAUAUACGAUACAGAAAGAUCUGAAAGAAACCGGUGUAAAAAUUGUGCAAUCAUAUAUUAAGCAAAUACUCGACCAAUUUAUACCCAAUUUGAUUCAUUACAUUAUUUAAACGUUUUCGUGCCACAGUAUGAAUAUGAGGGAAAAAUCAAACAACAGCCACGCCUACUUCCCAUAUGUAUAUAAGUACUUAAGACUAAGUCCAAUGUUAUUCCUUAAUUAACGGUAAACGAGAGUCAAUGACGUUGUUGAAGUAAAACUUUGCGCAAAUAGUACCUUUAAGUUAUGACAUAUCACGCCUAAAACUUGUGGAAAUCAGAUCAUAACUUGUUAAUCUCCAAAUACCGUACUCGUACUUUUUUUUGUCAGAGAACGCAAAGUUACAGAUUACACGGACGGACAGACAGAGAGUCAUCCGGAUUUAAGCUCUUCAUCCUGAUCAUUUAUAUAUACAUAUGUAUAUAUAACCCUAUAUCUCUCUCGAUUAAUGUUAGGGUUAGGCUUAGAGCCGAUAGGUGAACAAAACUAUUAUACUCUGUAGCAACAUGUUGCAAGAGUAUAAAAAUUAAUUACUGAAUCUAAUUUGCACAUUAAAAUUAAGCAAUUGCAAAGAAACACGAAAAGUCUAGCGAAUAAUAAAUAAUUCCACAUUUUCUCUUACAAGACAAAUAUUUACAGCCAGAGUUAAAGCGUCUGACAUUCAAAGUCGUGUAUUAAAUUACAUCCGCUUUCAGCCAGAUAUAUUGGGUUUUUAAGUAAUUCACACACGAUCCGAAUGGGUAGUCCGUUUUCGUUUCGAAUUAAUAAGAACAUUAUUCCAACUGGAAUGAAAGAGUGGAAAGAAGCACUAACAUACAUAUGUCUACUGUGGAGCCCUUUUUAUUAUUGUAGUGUGUCUAAGUUCAAUGCAGUAAAAAUUAAUAAGUGCUUUGUUAGUGUAAGGUUCAUAUAAGUAUCAAAUAAAUAUAAUAUUUAGAUACAAGAAAUGAUACAACUCUUCAUUUUGCUUUCGACUUGGCUGUUCACUGAGAAGUGUUAUGCGGAACAAAAUAACCAGACAGAUUGCUCAAGAUUACCCAAGUCAAUCGCCCCUCAUAUUUGUUGCCGCUUUCCGGAGCUAUUUGAAGGUCAAAUUUUGGAUGAGUGCCACAGGCUUCACAAUGAAUUCGGGCAGUGCUUUGUAGAAUGCCUCUUUGGACGAGCAGACAUUUGUAGGCAUGGAAAAUGUAGUUACCAGCGAGCUAACAAGUAUCUCGACAAUAAAUUUGUGCUACAACAAACUAUUUUUAAAGAUAUUUAUAAAAGCGCUUUCAAAAAAUGCAUUGAAAAAGGUAAUGGCUUACUAACACCUUUGGUAGAACGUUUUAGGCGCAAUGGAUGCCAUCCAGUACCCGAAUUAAUUCGAUUUUGUGUUCGUAAUGAAAUGUUCAUUUCCUGUCCUAAUGAAUAUUGGAAUGAAAAAUUGAUGAGGUGCACUAAAAAACAACAAUUUAUACGCCAUUGUACAAAAGAGAAUUGAGUGAUCAUCAAGUGAAAUUUCAUAUAUUCACACCUACAAGCUUAUCAAAUAAUGCUUAUUAGAUUAUGGGUAUAUAAAUAAAGAAUCAUUCAUACA